AGCUAUAAUAAUGGGGUUGGAAUAAUCGUCUCCGAGGCCGUCGAAAAAUGUGUAAAAAACUUUUUGCCAUAUUCAGAUAGAACAUUAUUGCUUCAAAUACACGCAAAGCCUUUGAAUAUAAACAUCAUUCAAACAUAUGCACCAACUGCUGAUAAAACUGACGAAGACGUUGAAUCAUUCUACAAUGAAGUCGAGGAGCUCAUGAAAAUGACCAAAAAACACGAGAUUAACAUCAUUAUGGGGGAUUUUAAUGCCAAAAUAGGAAAGUCGCAAGUAGAAAAAAUUGUUGGACCAUUUGGUUUAGGUACCAGAAACCCAAGAGGUGAUAGACUAAUUCAGUUCUGUACGGAACAGGAGCUCAAAAUAAUGAACACUUGGUUUUGUUUACCACCUCGUCGACUUUACACAUGGAAAUCACCUGAAGAUAAUGAUCGAAAUAUAAUCCGGAACCAGAUCGACUUUAUAUUAAUUAACCAGCGAUACAGUACAUGCGUAUCAAAAGUUUCAACGUAUCCAGGUGCCGAUGUUCCUUCAGACCAUAAUUUACUGUUAUCGCAAAUCAACAUAAAAUUGGCAGUAAUGACAAAAUCAACACGCAAAAAACAUUUAGACCUACAGAAACUCAAGGAAGAUGAAUGUAAAACCGAAGUUACUCAGGAGCUUAAUAAUCAAAUGAAAUUAAACUUCGAAGGUACCAGCUUUAAUAAUGUGGAAAUUGAUGAAGUAUGGGAUCGAUUGAAAAGUACUAUGAAAAAUAUAGCUUGA